GCUGCGAGCCCGGGCGCUCCCGCUCCGCCAGCGGCCCUGCCUGCCCCGAGCAGCCCAGGGGAGACGGCCAGCCUGGCCAGCCCCAGAGCACACGAGACACGCCCAGGCACCGCGGCCCCGCCGUCGGGACGGGCGCUGGAGCGGCAGGGAGCGGCGGGGACGUGGGGCGGCUGCUCUCGCCUGUCCCGGAGCGGUGAGGAACGGGGCGCCGCCCUCGCCCCUUGCUGUGGUGGAGUGUGGGUGCCAGUUUGUGUUCUGAGUCUUACACAGUCUUGUCACAAGAGAAAUGCUGAAAUUUCAAGAAACUGCUAAGCGUGCCACUGUUGCCAGAUUUAAUUCUGCUUGCUCAGAGGCUGUGAUUGCAAGAAGAUACACUGUUCAGAGGAAACUUGGCAAUGGAAGCUUUGGAAGUGUGUAUUUGGUUAAUGACAGAAAAGCAAAACAAGGAGAAGAAUUAAAGGUCCUAAAGGAAAUCUCUGUUGGAAACCUAAAGCCUAAUGAAACAGUUGAAGCAAAUCUGGAAGCACAACUACUCUCCAAAUUAGACCAUCCAGCCAUUGUCAAAUUUUAUGCAAGCUUUGUGGAGCGAGAUAGUUUCUGCAUUAUCACUGAGUAUUGUGAGGGUGGAGAUCUAGACUUUAAAAUUCAAGAGUACAAAGAUUCUGGGAAGAUGUUCACUCAGAGUCAAGUAAUAGACUGGUUUAUACAGUUAUUACUCGGAGUCAACUACAUGCAUGACAGACGGAUACUUCACAGAGAUUUGAAAGCCAAGAAUAUAUUUUUGAAAGAUAAUCUUCUUAAAAUUGGAGACUUUGGAGUUUCUUGUCUUUUGAUGGGUUCAUGUGAUCUUGCAACUACUUUUACUGGGACACCAUACUACAUGAGUCCAGAAGUACUGAAGCACCAGGGAUAUAAUACAAAAUCUGACAUUUGGUCUCUGGGAUGCAUUUUGUAUGAGAUGUGCUGUAUGAACCAUGCAUUUACUGGACAGAAUUUUUUUUCUGUUGUGUUAAAAAUUGUGGAAGGUGAAACACCUUCUCUUCCUGAGAGAUAUCCAAGCAACCUGAAUGCUGUGCUAUGCAGCAUGUUAAAUAAGAAUCCUUCAUUGAGACCAGCAGCAGCAGAAAUCCUAAAAUCCCCUUAUAUUGAUGGACAACUGAAGAAAAUACAGUACAAGUUCACAAACACAAUUGUGAAAGAUAAGGCACUUAACUGGCAGAAAGAAACUACUCCCAUUUUUGGUACUGUGCAGAAAAAAGUUCAUUUGCAAACUCUGCAGGAACUUUCUGAAGUUCAGAAAAUGACACCGCGGGAACGGAUGCGGCUGAGGAAGUUGAAUGCUGCAGAUGAGAAAGCAAAGAAGUUGAAGCAACUGGUAGAAGAAAAAUAUCAAGAAAAUAUCAAAAGAAUGCAAGAAUUUCGAUCCCGUAAUUUUCAACAGCUGAAUGUCAACGUCCUGCAUGAAUCUGAUGGACAGACAUCAAAACACCUCGUUCCAAAUUACCUCAUUCAUUCUCAGCCAGCCACUGUGGGCAACUAUGUGUCCGCAGGACAUGGUGAACUACAAGGGAAUGGGACGAGUGAGCUUGGCAUGUCUGAACUUACAGACCACGAGAUCCCUGAAGACCCGGAAAUUGCAGAAGAAUAUUAUAAAGAUGAGUUUGAAUCCUGUUCAGAAGACAGUGAAGAGGAGGAAGAUGCAGAAUUGUCAUGGACAGUCUCUAAGACAAAUCACCAGGACAGUGAUAUGGAGGCAAUGGUUGAAUAUUUGGAGAGUGUCCUGAAUAGCAGCUCAUUAGGCUCGGGGACUGUCACCAGAGUGUCUCCAGGGGUGCCCCAGGGAUUCAGAACUCUCAACAAUACGAUGGCUGAGACCAAGUUGAAACACAUGAGGGAAUCUGCCAUUGGGAAGCUGGGAGUGGAGGCAUUUGAGGCAGUGUACAGCUGCCUCAAGCAAGCGAGGCAGCAGAAUGCCAGUGAGGAGGAGAUCAGGAACUGUUUGGAGAAAUUGGUUUCUAGAGCAAGUGAUUGCUUCGAAGUGGAUCAGCUGCUGUACUUCGAGGAGCAGCUACAGGCUUCGGAGCUGCACCUUCAGCUGUAACUGUGUGUCAGCAACAGCUGGAAAUGGCACAGAGGGGGAAGGGACCUCCUUCAGUCCAGCAGGCAAGUACAGGAGGUAUUUGGAGGACACUGCUGAAGGUAAUGUAGUACGUAAGCAUGUGGGUAAGCUCCAUUUGAGAGUCAAGACUGCAGUGAGAAGGGGGUAACUAUGGCGUGAAUUUCAAGGGCAGGAAGAAGAACACAUGUUUGUGACAGUGGAGGUGAGGAUUCAUAGUUAACCAUGUCCCCUGUUUCUGCCACUUAAAGCAGGAGGAAGGGUGUUCUGGGCCACGGCUGGAUGCCAGUCCUGCACUCAGAGCAUCGCUGGCAAAGCUGCCUCUGAUGGAAUGAUGCAGGAUUAGACUCCAGCUGGUGUUGAUUUCUGUGCUAACUGCUCCUUGUGAUAUUUAAGCCCAUAAUUUUUGUAAUUUGACAAAUUUACUCUUAAACAUUGUAUAUGUAUAUGUAUAUGUAUAUGUAUAUGUAUAUGUAUAUGUAUAUGUAUAUGUAUAUGUAUGGCCACUCAGUCCCUAAUUGUCUUGUUACUAUUGAUUGGUCAAAAGGGCUGCAUUUAAUCUGAGCUUCAAAGGAACUGUGGAAAUACAUACUUAUGUGCGUAUUUAUAUAUAUGUAUGCAUACUCACAUACACAGAGAUAGGUGUGCAUAUUCAUAAUGGCAGAAGCAUGUCUGGUCAUAUACUGUACUUGUAUAAAGAUUCUUGGAUUAAAUAAAUUCUUCAAAAAUGGAA